UGAAUUUGGAGAACUAAAUGUGAAUGCAUAUGAAUUCAGCAGUGUUCAUAUAGAGCUAGUCUGGCUGCCUCUGACUGUCCUGCUUAUUAAUCAGCCAGCCAAACACCCUGCUGAAUACAGAUGUAGAAGACCCAGAGUCACCCUAAAACCAUCAGCGCUCUAUCUGAUGUAGGAGCCAGGCUGUGUGUGUCCACAUGCAAAAACCAAGAUUAAGAGCUCUCAGCAGAUGCAGAUUGAAAGGUAACUGGGAACAAGUUAAUCAGGUAAGACCCCUAGAGGAGGUGGACAUUCACUGACUGACUACUAGGAUGAUCAAUAGGAUGGCUGGAGUUAAGAAGGACUUAUUCGCAGCCCACAGCGUGGGAACCUUGAAGAAAAGAUGUUUUAACCUUAGAGAGAUGUACUUCCUCUCCUAACAAUGCUGGGGAAGUUGAGGUGGGGAGGGGUUAAGAUCAGAGAAGGGUCAGGAAUGUCUGAAAUGGCAACACUCCUUUCUACCCAGGGGUCUCUAGCCAGUGUGUCCACCCUUCAGGCCACAGGUUAUGGGUAAGCUGGGAGUAGAUAGAGACCCUCAUGGGGGAAAUUGUGGGGUUAGGGUAAGGAUGGCCACACUCCAGAGUGAGGUAAGGCUAAAAUGAAGGGAGGCAGAAGCAUGUAUUUGAUAUUCCCUGGGCCCUAAAGAAAUCCUCUGGGCUGGGGCUGUAGCUCAGUGGUAGAGUGUUUGCCUCGCACAUGCAAAGCACUGGGUUCGAUCCUCAGCACCACAUAAAAAUAAAUAAAUAAAGAUAUUGUGUCCAUCUACAACUAAAAAAUGUUAAAAAAAAAAAAAAAGAAAGAAAAGAAAAAAAAUCCUCUGUCCAUCCUCUGAGUCUCUGCUCACCAAAGAAAUUAAAAACAAUUCAAGGGCUGGGGAUAUAGCUCAGUCGGUAGAGUGCUUGCCUUGCAAGCACAAGGCCCUGGGUUCGACCCACAACACCGCAAAAAAAAAAAAAAAAAUUCAUUUCUGUUCCCAUCGCCCUCAUGGCCAUCUCCGGCUUCUGCUUCCCACACACACCCAAGCGUUCCUCUUAAACCCAGGAGAGUCUUGGUUUCAGACCAUAGUCAUGAAUCUGACUUUGGGGUGAAGUCAGCGGCCCCCUCUUUGCCCUCAAACAGGAACCAGUGGUUGGAGUACAGGAAGUGCCUAAGGAGAAGUUAUGGGCCCCAGAAAUUCCUCCAUGCCCCACUUCUCCACACCAACCAAGCAGGACCCUGCUCUUCUGGGUCACAGUAGCUGAGGGGCUCUGGACACCUUUCUCUCUACUUUUCUACCAGUCACCCCAGGACUGGACUCCUCUCCCUCCAUCAGCCCUCUCACUAGCACCUAGAACUAUCCAGUACUGGAGAGGCUCUUCCAAACCACCUGGCCAGCCUUGGUCAGAGGGAAAGGAGGUGGGGGCUGUGGAGUUGGAUUGAAUUCAAACCUCAGCUCUACCACUUCUGACUGGAUAUCUCUGUAAAAGUCCAUGCUUGAAACUUAGACUCCUCACCUGGGAAACGGGCAAUAUACUACUCUCAGAGGAUCUGUGGGAACAAGUGGAAAAUGCCCAGCUAAGGGUUAAGACAUAGGUGAGGCUCCUCAGCUAACGAAAGAUUGUAACACAGGGCUCCUUGUUUCACAGAUGAGGAACUUGAGGCACGUGACUAGCCCAGGCCAUUAAGACUAUCAGAAUAGUGACUAGGCUUCUUGACCUCCAGGCCAGUUCUAGUCCUCCACCUAAUGACAACUUUCAAUGAGAAAUGUCUUUUGCACAAGUGCCCUUUCCUCUUCGGGGGGUUGGGGCUGGGAGGGCUCCUGCUCUUGCUUGUGGUCAUUCUGUUCAUCUGCCUCUCUCGGCUCCAUUGGAGAGUGAAAAGGCUGGAGAGAAGAUGGAACCAACUUCCGGACCAGGAGCUACACUAUGCAUCUCUGCAAAGGCUACCCAUGUCUGGCAGUGACCAGGUCAGAGAAGAAGCAGAAGGCAUGAAGGAGGACCCCAGCACUGACUAUGCCUGCAUUGCCAAGAACAAACCCACCUAAGUGCCCCCAGACACCUCCCUCACCCCAGGCAGGUGGUCAGGGUCAUCCUGUGGUUCACUCAGUAAAGACCAUUAUCUUGCCACUUCUGUGUCUCAGGCCUCUCAGUCCAU